CGUGCAACGUUCGUAACCUUGAAAACCAUUUUCAACUUAACCUUUAAAGGCUUUUAAACGACCGUUUUAAUCGAGCUAAUAAGUCGGCUGAAGUAUAUUAUUUUAUAAUACGGUGUAAAAACUUUUUCUUUACAAAAGUGAAACAUUAUAGUUACAGAUUUUCAAAGAAAAGCAUGGCUGCUAGCAAAGAUAAGGAUCCAUCCCUCAAAGAUAAGAACGAAUUAACAACUGCUUGGUGUGACGAAAGUACACGCUUAUUAUUAGAUAAAUAUGAGCAAUAUUUACCUUUAAUUGGGCCUAUGAAACGAUUUAAAUGUAAAAAAUCAAUGUGGAUACAAAUAUCUAAUGAUAUCUUAACAGAACUAAACAUUGUACGAAGCAGUACGCAAUGUGAGAAUCGUUACAAGACUAUUUUGAAACGUAAAAUGCAAUCUGUAAGAAGCAAUCAGCAAUCAGGUGCGAAACGAACAAGAGUGGAUUUUGAAGAAGAAUUAAACAAGAUAAAGGCAAUAGAUGACAGCUUGGAGCCUGAGGUAAUGCAAGGUCCUGGGAAAAUUAUUGAAAAGCAACAAGAAAAUAUAGCAAUGGAUCCCAAAGUCACGAAGUCACAAAAGGCACCGAAAAAAAUGUCUAUAAGUGAGACUUUAUUACGCAUUCAGAAAGAUAAAGAGAAGAAGAGAGAAAGAAGACAUACAGAGAAAUUGGAUAUAUUACGUAGCUUUAUGAGAAUAUUUUCAAAUGAUACAAUUGAUUCAAAUCGAGAUUCAACAGACAAUGAUACAAUUGAUUUACAUCAAGAUUCAACAACAGAUAAUGAUACAAUUGAUUUAAAUCAAGAUUCAAGUAGUGAUUAGAAACAGCAUACUUUUUUACACAUCAUACUUUAUGUAAACUGAAAAAGUUAUAAGUAGUCACAGUAUUAUCUCACUAUUUUGUUUAUUAUAUGAUAACUAAAGACUGUUUCCUUAUUAAUAUAAGAAAACAUAAUGCUAAAGACUGUUACGUAAAAACUAAAGACUCUAAAAUACUAAAGACUAUGAUGGAAUACUAAAGACUGUUUCUUUAUAUGUGAUGUAUUACUAAAGACUAAAUACGUUAUGUGUUACUUAAGUUUUUUUAUAUGAUGUAAAAUGUUUUA